CAAAGUCGAAAAUUAAAAUGUGUGAUUUAUCGAGUUAUUACAAAAUAAAUUCUAAACAAUGAUAGCUAGAGCAUGAUUAUUUUUAUAAACAGGGGCAUUAGUUUGCGGAAGCAUGUCUUUUAUAAAUGAUCCAGUUUUAAAUAUAAUAGUAGUGGGUUUCCAUCAUAAAAAAGGUUGUCAGGUUGAACAUUGUUAUCCAGAAUUAAUUCCUGGCCGACCUUCAGAGCUUCCUGCGGCUUGGCGUUACCUUCCAGCUCUGGCCUUACCUGAUGGCUCACAUAACUACCUCUCUGAUACAAUAUUUUUUAGUUUACCAGGAUUGACUGAACCUGCCCACACUGUGUAUGGUAUAUCAUGUUUUCGCCAAAUUCCUGUCGAGCAAGUAGCUCAAAAAACAGAAGACAUGACCAGGAGUUCAGUUCAAAAAAGUGUUUGUGUAAUUUGUCGGGCCCCACUUUUUGGCCGCCUGGCCAUAAAGAUGGAGUUGGUUGUGCGGGCAUGGUUCCUUCAGGGUGAUUUUUCACAAACAAAGCUACUUGAAGAUGCCUUUAAACACCUAAACAGUUGCCCUGUACAAAUUGACCAAACUUUGGAAGGAUUGUCAGUACAGAAAAUAGUCGAAAACUGGAGACACAAAGCUUUAUUGCUGUUCAAGCUGCUCCUGCUGCGUCGAAAAAUUCUUAUAUAUGGAUCUCCGGCAGGGUCACUGUCGGCCACUUUGUUAACACUAGUGUCACUGUUGCCACGCUGCUUGGAGCAUGGAUUGUCGCAAUCUACUAAUGUGGUUUUGUCAAGGCCAUUGUCUCCAGUCCCAAAUAUUGUGUCAGAUGUUGUUGAUGCUAAUCCAGAAACUCUAACUGACACACUUGUAAAUGGUGGAAAUCAAUUUGAGGCAGAAUUAUUAUCACCUAAAGAAACUGGUAAUAUGUUAGAGGAAAAAGAUAGAGUGAGUAGACAAAGUUUUGAUGACUCGCUUUUGUCAGAUGUGGUGGAUAGGCAGGAAUUGACAGCUGGAAGAGAAAAAUGUCAUAGCAUCGGUGAGAAGUAUAAAACACAGAAAUCCAUACCAGAUGCACAGCAAAGUCCCACAAUGGCAAGAGACAUGAGUGUUGAUGGGCUGUAUAAUUUGACAGGACAGAUAGACCAAGCCGAAUGUGGCUUUCCAUUACCACUGUUUGAAGAUGGUUACAUAUGUCUACCGUACCUGUCACUCCAGUAUUUAGACCUGCUUUCCGAUCCAGCCGUGAAAGGAUUUGUCGUUGGCGCUUCUAAUGUGCUUUUUAAGCAGAAAAGACAACUAUUCGAUGUUCUGGUGGAGCUAAACGAAAUGAGGAUAGAAACUGCAGAUAUAGGUCUCAGAAGGCAGUUGGUUAUGGGGACAGAAGAUCUACGAUUCGCAGAUCACGUGGUACGACACGCCUCCUCUCAGGGUGACGCGUGGAUUCGAGACCAAUUUGCCAGUUAUUUGAUUUAUUUAAUGAGAACAUCACUCUUGCCAGAGGGUAGUAGGGAGAUUGAAUCCUACAACUCUCAAUUUAUGAGCGCUUUUAAAUCAACACCGGCGUACGAGAAGUGGUUGAAGGAGACCAACAAUGCGGACAUAGAAGUUUUUAUGAAUCUUAUACCCAUGCAUCCUUUCUGCGGUCAGCUGUCUGUCGCAGAUAUGAAACUGAAAUUUGCCCAUACAAUGUCAACAACGGAAGGCGGGCGUAAGGUGACAGCGGCAGUGGCGAGCACAGGCCGUGCUGUGGCGAGCACGUCGCGCGCCGUUGGCGGGGCCCUGUCACAUGCCCGUGGCGCACUCUCUGGUUGGUGGAGUGCACUAACCACUCCCGCCUCCGCUCCCUCUACUGCCUCUGAAAACUCCCUCGAUGACAAACUUGACAUGUCAGAUGCAGCCGAUCCCUCAGACGCGGAAGACGUCGUUGACAACCUCCACGAGGACAACAGAACUCCCGACCCUAACGCAGACCCGCCCGACAAGGUCAUCGAGGACCAAACCAGUCGUGUGAGCAAAAUAACAGUCAUUUGAAGUGUGAUACUUAAUUAGUGAAUUCGUUACAUUGUUUCCGAAUAGUGUAAGUCCGGGCAUUCAUAUGUGAGCAUAAGCAUAAACUAGUGAUGUAGGCUUAUUUUACACAAAUUGCGCUGUGUUACAGAAUAUUAUGACAGUUGUAAACAAUUCCAUUACUUUGUUCAACUUUAUAAUUGGUGAAGGAAAAUUCAACGUCACCUAGUUCUAACAAAAUAAUCCAGUGAAAGUGAAUUAUAAAAUGCUAAAUUGCAGUUCAAUCUAUGACCAAAUCUCUAUCUUAUUUUGUAAAACAAUACAACUUUUUACAUAGUCAAUUUUUUUUACUUUUUAGCAUAAUGAUAGUGUUAAACAUACAUCAGAAAAUCUCAUUUUAAAUUAUUUGUUUUUAACAACUGUUUUUUUGCUAUAAGAUAGAUUAAAAAUUGCUGAGUAUGUAAGUCAUAUAUAGGAAAAAUAAAUACAUAUAUUAUGAAAUAAUCAUCAACAUUAAACCAUUGUCAACUCAUUGACAAUAAUGUCCUCACUACCACUGUAACAGCUCACAUAUGAGAACCCAACCUAUGUAGCCGGUUUUUAUUCCAUAGCAUGAUUGGGCUCAUAAUUGACUGUUUGAAUCUUCAAUUUUUUUGUUUAUUGUUUUACAUUCUAUUAAAAUAACACUGACCUCUAUUAUUAACACAGGACUGCCUGCCCUUAAUCAAAUGACAGCUUGAAUGUUGUUCCCAUUUCAAACGUCACAUGUGACAUGCGGUUAUCUUGGCGCAGCUGGCAUAGGAAUUUUUUUUGUUCUCCCACUAAAAACUUGUCCACUUGCCAAAGUAUGCAGUACUCACAUAAGGAAAAGGAGAUGUUAUAAAUGGGGGUUUAGCAUUUUAAGUUUAUUAUUUGGAGAUUACUUUCACCCACAAAGCCAUGGUCAGAGAGUGAAUAAAACUGUGGGAUGGGAUAUAAAUGAUUUCCUUUCCUCAAUGGAGAAAAUAUCUUGCCUAUGCUAGCCUAACAAUAUAAAAGUCUUUGAUGAUUCUAAUUAUAGUUCAUUGAACACUUGUACGAUAUUGUCCUAAUCAAUUGUAGUCAAAAAACAAAGUGAUAGCAGUGCAGUGGUAAUAUUUGAGGUCAGUGUGUAAUAUCUUCGAUUUUAAGGUAUUGUACAGCUCAGUGCAUAGUGUCAAUUUUAUAGGAAACAAAUCAAUUCUAAAAUAUCAAUUAAAAAGGGUAUUAUACAAUGAGCACCAAGUUAAACAAACUGUUCAUUGUACGCGUCACUGACAAUUACAGAGAAAAUCGAUAUGAUGAUAUGCGUAACCUAAAUCUGAUUACUAUCAAACAUUAUUAUGAUUUUCCAAUUGUGGCUAUGUGUUUAUGUAUUACCUAUUGAUUUAGGUCGACAAUCUACCGACAUGGUUUGGUAUCUUGUAAAUAUGAAUUUCAUACAAUCGAUUCUUAAUUUAUCAAUGUUAUUUAUUAAACCGCAUUACCGCUUAAGUAAUCAUUUAUAUGAAAACAAUAAAAAGAUCAAUAAUCAUAA